AAAGAAAAAAAAAAGUCUUACUUGACCAAGAUCUAUAACUUAUCUUUGUGUCAUUAUGUUAUAUUUGAUUCGUAAUCAAAGACCCAGAAUUAGUAACCCUUCUUUUAUGCCAAUACAUAAUAUUUGACUUUUCAAUUUGAUCCAUCAAGGCAUCAAAUAUAUGUAUUGAUCCAAGGAGCCAUUAAUCACAAGCCAAGCGUUUUUCUUCACCCAUUUUGAAUUUGUACCUGGGAUUUUCUUCUUGGCGAAACUGAGAAGAAGCUUAGGAACUCAGAAGGGUUAAUUUUAAUGUGUUAGAUGGUGCAAAUGAGUUAAGGUGAGGACAAUUUUAUUAUACUAGCGUUACAGAAAUGGAAGGUAAGCAAAGUGUCAUUGCAAGACUAAUGGGCUUUGAUGAACACCAACCUCUGGAAGCUAUCCAUAAGCCACAGAGAGUACUCUCUGAGAAUUAUUUGAGGAAAGUUGCUUCUAUUGGUGUUGGGAAGAAGAAGAAUAAGAAGGAAGCCAAGGAGGUUUGUCAAAGAAAAGGAGUCUUGGAUUUGUCAUUUCAAAAAUGUGCAACUGGAGAAGAGUCUUCAAAGUUGGAUUUUUUUCAAAAACAUAAGAAUGACAGUGUCACAUGUUCUGAGAGAUUUGACUUGGUAAGACAAUAUGAAUCAAGUUCUUCGCAUAUGAGAAUUCUUGUUUUGAAACCAAUAUCCGGGAAGGCUAAGAGAUUUGGAGUAAAGAAUGUUCAGUGCAGUGUGGAAUCUAUUAGACAAAGAUCUUCUGCCUCAAGGGAAAUCUUUAAGGAGCUUAAAAGAAUAAGAAGAUGGAGGAAUUUAGGCUUUCCAACAAUGAACUCAAGCUUAGGAUUAAGUGGUGGCGACACUCCUACAUUAAAAUCUGAGAUUUUGUCACCUCCUUCCACUUGUUCUUUUGAGUACUCAGAUAAAUCAACUUUAAGCAACAGAUCCAAAAAGCAGAUUUGGGAAAGGUGUCUGUUGAGUGAAAAAUAUAAAGUUGAAACGACUUCUAGAAUUAGUACCCCAGAUGAGCUGAUUGCUUUGCAAGAUCCUAAUUCAUGGCCUAGAAAUUGCAAGCCUGGUCUGGACCUCAGUAAGUUUGCCAAACAACAACUCAAGUGUGAAGCUUAUAGCAACAGAUGGUAUUUGGGGCUAGAAAAGCCCCUUAAUCAGGCAAGGAGUAAGAUGAUAAUAAAACAUGAUUUUAUAAAAGAUAUGGUAUUAGACAAAGAGAUUGAGAACACAAAUAAAUCCUCUGGAGAAUCUGAGACUGAGAGUGAGCAAUUAGACCCUACCAUGUGCAUCAGCUUAGAAGAAGACUAUGAUUCUUCUAGCCUAACUACAGAUACUUCAACUCAACAGGAUUCAUCAACUGGAUUCCAAGAGGAAAGUUCUGUUUUUUCACAUUGCUCCAGCAUUGAACCAGAUUCUGUGAUGAGUUUUGAGGAACCUUAUCAGCCUAGUCCAAUUUCUGUGCUGGAACUGCCAUUUAGCUCUGAAAGCCUGGGAAGAGUCAAGGGUGACAUUUGUGACUUGAAGAGACAACAUCAACUUCCAAAAUCAAAAACAUGGUACAAAGAAGAAUCUAGCAUGGUGAUCUCAAGUGAUGAUGAAACUGAGAAUGAUGCUUUAAUGAAAGAUUUUAAAGUUGAAGAGAGUAGGAACAUCUCUUAUCUUAUCGAAUUGCUAAAAGAGGUAAAUCUUCUUGGAAAGAACAUUGAAGAAUUUAGUAGCUGGGAUUCUCUAGAAUUUCCAAUAAGUGUCUCAGUGUUUGAGACCUUAGAAAAGAAGUAUGGUGAUCAAAUGUCUUGGAAGAGAUCAGAUAGACUACUUUUAUUUGACAGCAUAAACGCAGGGCUUGUGGAGAUUAUCCUGCCCUGCAUUGGUGAGCCAACAUGUGAAAUGUCUGUGUCAAGAAGGUUGAGCCCCAUUCGUGAUGCCAUGGAAGAUCUCUUGAAGCUACUUGUUGGCAAUGAAAAGGAGUAUGACAAGGCCAAGAACUCAAAAGAAAUAGUGAUAGGAAGUGAGUUAGGAAAGAUAGAUUUAGGAGAUGAGAUUUAUGUUAUUGUUAUGGAAAUUCAGAGAUUGUUGUUUGAUGAGCUUGCAGCAGAGCUUUUUAGUAUGUAGAGUUUUAUUUCAACAACAAAAAAAACAUACACAGGACAUUCUUUGUUGAGUUAUGUUUAUAUAUAGUUUUGGCACAUCAUUUUUGUAAAAAGAAUCCAUUAUGUGUACAGACACUGCAGAAGUUUUGAUUUGAUAUAGUGAAAUAUUUUUUAUACUU